AGAUAAGUAUGGUGGGCGAAGCGCGCCCGGCCAUUGCAGGUUAAAUUAAGUGACUUCGAAAGCCGCGCAUAAGUUUGUAAGGUUGACCGAAAUUCCAUGGAAGACACAGAUCUGCAUUUUUCUGACGACCCCAUUACUGGAAUGCUGGACACUGAGUCCCCUGUCAUGGAGAGCAAUGGAGAUGCCUUUCUUCCCGACCUUCCUGUUCUAGGUCAAACUGCUGACUGGUCCCCUGGCCAGGUUACUCCAGACCCACUCGCCAACAUCUUGCCUGAGGACUCUGAUGCGUCCCAGGAUGCUCCCUUGCAACAGCAGUCUCCAAACGAGGAGAUGGAUUCCUCAGAGCUGGGAUCUGUGGAGAGGGCUGUGGAACACUUUCAGAUUGCCACUGCUCAGCUCUUCCAAGUUGAGCAACCGCCACCUCCACCACUGCCUGCGGAAGAGGAAGAACGGCCAGAACAGCCGCAACCGCCUGCCGAACACAAAACGGAGUCUGGAGAAUAUGAGCAAUACGGCCUGGAGAUGACCGUAAUGCCAGAAGCUCUGGUUCAUUAUGGCAGUCAAGAUGAGACUGAGGUGCCACAGGUGACUGAGGAUGGCAUGGAGCUGGAAGAAGCACCCAAAGAGACCACACUAGAAUUAACUGUUCCUUUAGAGCCAGAGCAGCCAAGUGAGUUCGAAAAACUCUUCAAAGCAUGCGAGUACAGCCCAGAUGACUUCAAUGGCUGGGUCUACUUGCUGCAGUUUGUGGAACAAGAGAAUGACCUGACAGAUGUGAGAAACUCGUUUGAUGCAUUCUUCCUGCGUUAUCCUUACUGCUAUGGCUACUGGAAGAAGUAUGCUGAUAUUGAGAAAAAACACGAGAAUAUACAGGUUGCAGAAGAGGUGUACAGAAGAGGCUUGCAGGCCAUCCCUCUCAGCGUGGAUCUGUGGCUGCAUUACCUGACCUACAUUAAAGAGAACUCAGACAUGAGUGACCCAGAGACCGAGGGACGCAUUAGAGCGGCCUUUGAACACGCCGUGCUCGCAGCAGGCACAGACUUUCGCUCGGACCGCCUGUGGGAGUCCUUCAUCAACUGGGAGACGGAGCUGGAGAAAUUGGCUAACGUCACCACCAUCUAUGACCGCAUCUUGGGCAUCCCGACCCAGCUGUAUUCCCAGCACUUCCAGAGGUUCAAAGAUCACGUGCAGAACAACAACCCCAAGCACUUCUUGCCGGAAGAGGAGUUUGUUCAGCUGCGGCUCGAGCUCUCUAAAGACAGCCUAUUGGCCAUGAUCGGCGAGGUGGAGGAUGCGCCUGCUGCGCACGAAGAGUUGCCGCCUGGUACAGACGAUCUGGUGGACCCUGCAAAGAGGGUGACCGAGAUCGAGAACAUGCGCCACAAGGUGAUCGAGAUUCGGCAGGAACUGUUCAACCACAACGAGCAUGAAGUCAGCAAGCGCUGGGCCUUCGAAGAAGGGGUAAAGAGACCAUACUUCCAUGUCAAAGCCUUAGAGAAGACCCAGCUGAACAACUGGAAGGAGUACCUGGACUUUGAAAUUGAAAAUGGGAUCCCUGAGCGCGUGGUUGUUCUUUUUGAACGAUGCCUCAUCGCUUGUGCUCUCUACGAAGAGUUCUGGACCAAGUAUGCAAAAUAUCUAGAGGGCCACAGCACCGAUGGUGUGAGACAUGUCUACAAGAAGGCGUGCAGCAUCCAUAUGCCCAAGAAACCCACCAUCCAUCUGCUGUGGGCUGCUUUUGAGGAGCAGCAGGGGAAUGUCGAGGAGGCGCGUGGCAUCCUGAAGUCCCUGGAGGAGGCCGUCCCCGGACUGGCCAUGGUGCGUCUCCGGAGGGUCAGUCUUGAACGUCGCCACGGGAACUUGGAGGAGGCGGAGGCCCUGUUACAGGAGGCCAUGGAGUCUGCGAAGAAUGCUACUGAGACAUCGUUCUAUGCUGUGAAGCUGGCCAGGCAGAUGAUGAAGGUGCAGAGAAGUCUGAGCAAGGCCAGGAAAGUGCUGCUGGACGCCAUCGAAAAAGACCAGGCGAGUCCCAAACUCUUCCUGAACCUGCUGGAGCUGGAAUACAGCGGGGACGUGCUGCAGAACGAGGCGGCGAUCUUGGCUUGUUUCGACCGCGCCCUGCAGAGCCAGAUGCCCCUCGAGUCCCGCCUUCUUUUCUGUCAGCGCAAGGUGGAGUUCCUCGAGGACUUUGGCAGCGACAUCAAUGUGCUCGUGGCCACAUAUGAGGAACACCAGAACCUACAGAAAGAAAGCGAAACUUCCAAGAGGAAGGCGGAGAACGGGUAUGACAGCUCUCAAGAGCCCGAUGCCAAGAGGCAGCGCGUGGAAGACGGCACCUCGGAUGAAGUCAACGCGGCGGCCGACGCUCAGGCCAACAACUCUGCAUACAACAACUGGUACCAGCAACAAUACGGUGGUUGGGGACAAAACUCCUGGGGACAGUACAACCAAUAUGCCCAGUAUAACCAGUACUACCCCCCUCCCCCAACAUAAUGGACCGAAACCCGACGUUAAGAUGGAGACUCAGAGGAAAGCAUCCUUUCUGACCUGCCGACAUGUUCAAACACGGCUCCUUCAACCCGACCACAGAAGCUGAUUUGUUCCUUCCUUCUACUUUAAAGUGUGCGAGUAAAACUGUGCAGCCAAUUGGUUGGAAUACAACACCCAGGCCUCCAUGACAGUCACCUGACCAGUCAUGUUUAAAUAAACAAUAACUCAUUAAUCGCUACAUUCAUCUCCAACACUGGCUGUUUUUUUGGGGGGGUUCCUUAAUGCAUGUUAUUUUCGGAGGCAGAUUUAUUUUUUCUUGUGAGAUUAAAGCUUUUUAAUUCUUAGAUUGGAUGACUUAGUUUGGUCUCUUUCUUUCCUUUGUGUUUUAAGACUUAAAACUGGUGACGGAGGCGUUCGUUGCUGUACCUCUGAGUCGUGUCCACCCACUGAAAGAUUUUCAAUAUGUCAUGGUUAUGUCUCCAUAACAAUACAAAGUCCAUCCCUUUUUUAUUUUGUCUUGAUUUCAUAAUAAAGAGAUUGAUAUCCUGAA